AUGACUGAUGUUUUAAGUGAGAAAAAUAAUCAUUCACACCGUGACCACUUAUAUAGCGGUUAUUCUGCAGUGUGUAAUAAUUUUUAUAUAAAUAUACAGAUUAAGGGAUGUUGGCAGCAGAAUUUUCAACAAAAAUUUUGUAUACCUCUAGGUUUUUAUUUAAAUCAUAUAGAACAAAAUAAAUCAAAUAAAGACUUUAAUGUUCAGGCAAACUGUAGAUAUUUCUAUUACAAACUAAGAGAUUUAGUGAAAAAAUGUAAAGGUAAUUGCAUUAAUAAUAAAAAUUGUUACGAUGUUUUUAGGGAUGUAUGGAAGAGACGUACACGGCUAAUAAAUGUUCCAGAUAUAUGUAAGGAAGUUGUUAAGGACAUGUGCAUUAUUGAAGAAGCUUUAUCUGAUGUAUUUUAUUAUUUGGAUGAACUAUAUCGUACUCUUAAUGAAUUGAAGAGAAAUCGUAAUUCAUGUGAACAUUAUAAAGACAAAUGCGAAGAACAUAUUGGGAGAUUAAGGAAUUGUGAUUUUAGUGGUAACUUAAGUUUAAUGAAAGUAAUUGAGAAAUUUGAAAAGGAAUAUUAUAGGGAAUGUCCUAUGCCAGUCGUACCUGUAACCAUACAAUAUCCAAAUCCGGACAUAUUAAUAAAUGGAAAAAAAAAAGCCACAAGUCCUGGAGUAAUGAUCGAUACGUUGACAGGAACAGUGGAAGAAGCAACUACAAAUGCAUUGAACAGCACUUUGACAGGCAAAGGAACAGGAGUGAUUGUUUUACCAUUUAUAAUGUUAACAAUUGUAUUCGUGCUUUAUAAGUACACUAGGUAUGGUUCACUUCUACAACUAGGUGUAAAGGCGUUAAAGUGUAUGCUUAAAAAAAAAAAAGUAAAAGACCUAAUGACUUAA